UGUCAUGUAAACAAAAAUCAAAACAGUUACACAUUUUUGUUUACCUUCUGCUAAUAUAUGCGUUGGUGAAUUAGACUGUUAAUUUUACCAUGGCUUUUAAUCCGAGUAUCGUAAAUACUAAUAUGCCUCCUCCGAACUAUCCCAGUGUACCCGCGCGAUUCCAAUCGCAUCCAAUGAAUCCAUCACCGAUUCCACAGCACAUGUUUAAUGCCGGAAUGCACGUGCCUCAAACAAAUCCUUCACCAUUGCCGUUCAAUGUAAUACCUCCAAAUAAUUUACCGCCACCAUCUGCUGUUGGAUUAGUUCAGAACACUGUGCAAACAAUGUGGAAUAAUAAACCAAUGAAUUUAUCAAUGAUUAAUAAUCAGAAUUUUACCAGUGCACCUCCGAUACCUAAUGUGCAAAAUACCCAAAUUACUGGUUGUUUUCAAACUCCACCUCCACUUCAAAACAAUCAGCCUUCAGUUUGGAAUAAUUCAAGUAAUCAUCCACAAAACAAUUAUAAUGGGUUAUUAACUGUUGCACCCAACUCCUCUACUGGAAAUUAUCAACAAAAUAAUUUCACCCAAAAUCAAACCGCCCUUCAAACACCAGCUAGAUCGGAUUUUCAAUCAUUUACCUCUCAGCAUCAUGGAAAUAGUAGCUCAGUUUGGUCUAAUAAUAAUUCUUCAAACAAUGAGCCUUACAGACCUCCACCUCCUGUAAAUCAUACCCCUAUGAUAGAUAAUCAGAGUCGUAGCUUAGUUUGGUCUGGUAAUAGCACUUCAAACAAUUUACCUUGGUCUGGUAAUAACACUUCAAACAAUUUACCUUGGUCUGGUAAUAAUUCUUCAAAUAAUGCACCUCCACCGUCUAUGAACCAUUUGGGAAGAAAUCAGAAUAAUUUCGAUGCCAAUAAGAAUUCAAUUGCUUUGACGCAAGAAAAUUCCUGGAAUCCAAUUCAAAAAACAAACGUACCCGAUGCAAGCAUUUUUCAAAAUCCCAGUGCUAUUUUUAAUGUGGCUGAAAGCAAUAAUAUGUUACAUGCUCGUGUUCAUGAUUCAAAUGUGGCCAAUGAAAUUCCCAUGAAUCAGGGUGAUAUGAAUUUCUCCAAAAAGUUUAAUUCACCGCAUAAUGGUAAUUUUAUUCCAAUUAAUGGGGAUUCUGUACCAAAAUGUAAUAAUUCAUUUCAGAAUCAAAACAAGCAUCAUCAUUUUACAAAUGAUUUAAAUCAUAAGAAUGUAAAUAGAUUCCAUGAAAGCAAGGCACAAAAAAGGAAUUUUCACAAUAAUAAUUUCAACCAAAACAGGGACUAUCGUGCAAGUAGUUACAGAUCAGAGAAACCUAAUUAUUGCGAAGAACAAAAUCCACCAUUUCUACCCAAUAAUCAGAAUUUAAUAGAUGUGUGUGCUGUAUCUAAUAAAGAUGGUGUUGAAGUAAAACCUACAAAUAUUAGUCUCCUUCAAUCAAGCAACUAUCCUGGGUCUAAUUUUAGCUCUACUAUUCCGGAGUUUACUAUUUCAGAUUCCGAAUCAAUUGAUAGUAAAAAUUCUCCACAGAAGCACCAAAGAAACAAAAGAAUUUUUGAGAAUUUGCAAAAAAUCAAUCCUGAAUCCAGUAUUAAUGCUUCUGAGUAUAAAAUGCAGGGUUGGAUGACAGAAGAUAUUCAAAAGGCCCUCCAUAAAAGAAAUAUGUUAUUUAAACAAGCGAGAGCCACCAAUGAUCCAGCAGUUUGGGAUGAGUACAAUAAAUUGAAAUAUGAAAUUAAUGAAGAAAUAAGACAGGCUAAAUUAGAUAAUAAAAAUCAAACUCACAAGCCAAAAAGAAACGCUCCAAAAGUAUGGCAAGACAAAGGGAAAAAACUUCCUUUCAAUUGUGACACCUGUGACAGAGGUUUUUGUUCAAAUGAUGAACUGGAAUCACAUAUGGCAUUGCAUAUAAAAUGCCAUUAUCAGGGUUGUAUCUUUGAAGCCCAUCCGAAAAUUGUAAGUCUCCACCAAAGAAUGCAACAUGAUACAGGAUAUGCCGAUGUUAUAAAUAAAUUACAGAAUGAUGAAGAAAUAAAGAAAUGGAGAGAAGAGAGGAAAAGGCGUUUUCCUACUGCUGAAAAUAUCCUGAAAAAGAAAGCCGAACAGGCUGAAAAGGAAGCUCGUGGAGAAGUAAUUGAAGAAAAAGAUCAUGGGAGAUUUAGAAAACGUAGAUUUGAAGACAGAAAUAAAGACAACUCCUUCAAUCGACGUGAUCGAAGUAAUCGCAAGAGGAGACCUAGGAAUCCUUUCCAAAGAGCUCCUGAAAUUGAUCUAGCUCAAGACUCAGGCUCAGAUGGUGAGGGUGGAUGUCCUACAAAGCUACCUAAAUUUAGAGGGAUGAAAAAUGUAUAUGAGCAUUUAUCUAUUGAUGAUGGUAUUGAAAUUGGAGGUUUAGCUGAUGCAGGACUUGAAAAGGCAGAUGAUGCAGCCAUUAAUCAUACUUUAGAAGUAUCAUUAGACCAAGUUAAUUCAUCUACUGAUCAACAAGAUAUGAAAGAGUUAGAUGAUGAUGAUGAAGCACCCCUAGAAAUUCCCAUUCAAAAAGUCUCCUUAAAUGACUAUUCAGAUUCAGGUGAUGAGAAUGAUAAUAAACUAUUGGCUAAAGAAAACCAUCAAGAAUUAUUACAUGAAGCAGAAGAUUCUUCCUCUACUAGACCUAAUAUGGAUGAAAAAUCAAAUCAUAAUAAUAAAUCGUCGUUAUCAGUCAAAGAUAAUAAAGGUAACAAAAGAGAAAGAAAUGAAAAAAGAUGUCGGCCACCUGUUCCUCCAAGACCAAGAAACUCCCUUCUUAAAAUGUUGUUGAGUGAUGAAAUAAGGCAUGAGAGAAAUGUGAUUAUGCAAUGUAUACGGCAUGUUGUGAGAAACAAUUUUUUCAGAAAUGGAGCCUAUUCGUGACAUUCUUAAAGCUUUUGUUAAAUUUGUUUUAUAAUAGAAAACAAAAUUAUUUUUCUUAACAAUACUGUUAUAUAUAUUUGAUGACUGAUUUGUUGAGGCAUUACAAUGUAUAUUUGUUUCCUGAAUAAAUCUGCUUUAUGUAA